GGAGUCAUCUUGUGUCAAGGUGAUCCUAGUAACAAUCGCGCGUAUGCUGUGGCUUUCGCUUCCCGCUCUCUCUGUCCUGCCGAAAAAAACUAUGGCGUCUCAGAAGUGGAAGCUUUGGCUAUUGUUGGGGAAUCGAGACGUUUGCUCAUUAUCUCACCGCCACACGUAUCACUAUGGUAACUGGUCAUCAAGCCCUUUAAUCCUUGCAGAACAAAAACACGGAUUAACGUGGUCGAUUAGGUCAAUGGGCUCUUAGCCUACAACAACACGAUUUUCGGAUCAUCUACCGCCUUGGCUCCAAGAAUGCAGGACCCGAUGCUUUGAGUCGUCACCCGGUCGCACCCAUUGCUGAUGGCUCUCGUGAAA